UUGGGGGCAGCAUACCGUCUGUAGAUCCUCCAGCAGCUAGAUCGCGCUGGCUAGGCCACCCCUCGAUUGCGAAGGUCGUCAUCUGCCCAUGUUGUUGUUCUCAGCGACGAGCUAGCUUGAAUGCGGCCUCUCUGGUAGGCUAGCCUGAGGCCUGGAUCAGACCAACAGUUACAGCUUAGUAGGCGGCCCUAGGCCUAGCUUUGUUUUUAUACUUAAAUUUUGCAGACCUAUAAGAAAGCAUUCACAAGAUUUAAAAAAGAGUGUUAAGAACAAACAAGCAGCGAAAUAUGGCAAAUGCAUCAGAGCGGGCAAGAGCAAUGCCUUCAUCAGCAGCUGAUAGGAUCACACAAGCAGAGAGCUACAAAGUAGAAGGCAACUUAUUGUAUAAACAGAAAGAAUACAAAAAAGCAAUUGGGAAGUACCACCGUGCUUUACUCUUCCUUAAAGGCCUCCAAGACAACGCACAAAUGAAAGCAAUGAGGUCUGUGUUGCUAAGCGUGAAUGAACCUUCAAUUGAAGAUGGCUUGACUAAUGAUAUUAAGGAUAAAAUAAAGAAUAUAGAGAUUGGAUGUUACAAUAAUUUAUCAGUUUGUUUACUGCAAGAUGAUCAACCUAAUUAUGACCGAAUAGCUGAGUACUCUAUGAAUGUUAUCAAACUGGACAGCAAGAAUGUGAAAGCCUACUACAGGCAAGGCCUAGCCUACUAUCACAAAAGAAACUUCACUUCAUCUUUGGAGAGUUUUCACCAAGCAAAGAGACAUUCAAAGGACACUGUUGAUCCCAGUAUCAAGAAAUAUAUAUCCAAAUGUGAAACAGAGCUGGCCAACCAAGAUGAGAAAACAAAGGCAAUGUACAAAAGCAUGUUUUCUAAUGGAUCGGCUGGAGGUUCAUAGCAAAGAAUGCUCCACCAAUAGCAGAAGACAGAGGCAGUUGUUACUAUGUUAUGACUGUAGAUAACAUACCAUAACAAUUCUUUUAGAUAUCUUGGCAGAUUCUCACACACUCCCGCAAACUAGCAAGAAUUUUCCGGACACUAACCCAUUUUAUGCUAAUUGUGACACCUGUGAUCAACCUUAGCGAUAUUUCUAUAAAUUGCAGUGUGGCAACGAGUAAUCUCUUUGACGUGCAUUGCCCUCAGACGAGGGUCUAUAGAAACAUUGCAACUUAAACUGGCGUUGACUGUGUCGUAUGACGGUCGAACAACCAUCACACGACGAAUCCAACUGCACUCUUUGUGAGCGAUAGACAACGUGACGCAAUCUACUAAUUGUCUGUGGUAGUCUGAACUGUUCGUCAUUAAAAACGAUCUGUUGCGCACACGUCGUCAUGUUGCGUUCUGUAUAGAAUCACAUCAGCCGACGAACAUCGUACGCAGUGAGUGGCAGCGUUAAUAUGUUGCUUCAUGAUGGUAGCGCAUGAUACCGCAUUGUUGCCUGUAAUAAUAAAUAAUUCUCACUCAUGACUGCUGGUGACUUGUGUCUACAGUUGCAAAAUCUUUGUAUAGUUCAAGGCGAAAGGACUCUAAGCAAGCGUUCGAUACGUCUUAACAGUAGAAGGAUACAAGUUCAACCAAGCGGUUGAUACGGCUGAGUGCCAUCAUAUAUAAACCGCAGUUGCCAUAGCUUUUCUAAUUAAUGUAUAAAAAUCAGUAUUUCUGAUUAAAAAUGUAGUAAAAGCAAAUGCUCACUAUACUGUAAUUUGCGAUCCUCUUCAUAUUUAAAUGUAUAUUUAAAAAUAUAGUUUGUAUGUGAUAUGCUGAUUUCAUAACAUGCCCAUAUAUGGGAAAGUCACAUGUGUUAGUCAACCCAUGUGACUAACACAUGUGACUUUCCCAUAUGUUAGUCAACCCAACUCGGGUCAGAAAUUUUCGGACAAAAUUUCUUGGGCACAUAUAAAAUUUCUUGGGCACAUAUAAAAUUUCUUUGGCGCAUAUAUCGCUGGAAUCGCCUUGCCCUGCACAAUGGUGAUGAUAAACAGAGCAAGCUAUUGAUUUGAACUUUGUAUCUUAAUUGUGAAUACUCAAGCUCAAUGUUUUAUAUGUAUAAUAAAUAUGUGUUUUAAACAUGAA